GGACUUCAAGCAGCGGUCAGCUUGUCUACUAGAACCCGGGAGCAGGAGAUUCAGAAUCAAAUCUCUUCUCCCUUCACCUUCCUGUGAGAUUUUUUUGAUCUUCAGCUACACUUUGUGUGAAGAACCUUAUCAUCAAACACAAUGGCUAGUAAUGUUACCAACAAGACAGAUCCUCGCUCCAUGAACUCCCGUGUAUUCAUUGGGAAUCUCAACACUCUAGUGGUCAAGAAGUCUGAUGUGGAGGCAAUCUUCUCGAAGUAUGGCAAAAUUGUGGGUUGCUCUGUUCAUAAGGGCUUUGCCUUCGUUCAGUAUGUUAAUGAGAGAAAUGCCCGGGCAGCUGUAGCAGGAGAGGAUGGCAGAAUGAUUGCUGGCCAGGUUUUAGAUGUUAAUCUGGCUGCAGAGCCAAAAGUGAACCGAGGAAAAGCAGGUGUGAAACGAUCUGCAGUGGAGAUGUACGGCUCCUCUUUUGACUUGGACUAUGACUUUCAACGGGAUUAUUAUGACAGGAUGUACAGUUAUCCAGCACGUGUUCCUCCUCCUCCUCCUAUUGCUCGGGCUGUAGUCCCUUCGAAACGACAGCGUGCAUCAGGAAAUACCUCACGAAGGGGAAAAAGUGGCUUCAAUUCUAAGAGUGGACAGCGUGGAUCUUCCAAAUCUGGAAAGUUGAAAGGAGAUGACCUUCAGGCCAUUAAGAAGGAAUUGACCCAGAUAAAGCAAAAAGUGGAUUCUCUACUGGAAAGCCUGGAAAAAAUUGAAAAGGAACAGAGCAAACAAGGAGUAGAGGUGAAGAAUGAUAAGUCAGAAGAGGAGCAGAGCAGCAUCUCCCUGAAGAAAGAUGAGACUAAUGUGAAGAUGGAGUCUGAGGGGGGUGCAGAUGACUCUGCUGAGGAGGGGGACCUACUGGAUGAUGAUGAUAAUGAAGAUCGGGGGGAUGACCAGGUGAAAACCAUGCUGGAGUUGAUCAAGGAUGAUGAAAAAGAGGCUGAGGAAGGAGAGGAUGACAGAGACAGCGCCAAUGGCGAGGAUGACUCUUAAGCACAUAGUGGGGUUUAGAAAUCUUAUCC